UUCGCCUGACGAAAAUCUGUGGGAUCCGAAGGUGGAUGCUAAGUGUUCCGAUGAUCGUGGCGAGGCUGGUCACAGCCAGGAAGCCGUGAGAAGCCCCUUCGCCAGCACCAUGUCAACAGUGGAGGAGGAGGAUGGCCUGGUCAUCCGUGAGCAGUUCUCCUACUUCACCAAGCCCAAGGUGCAGUGCCGCAUCACCAUCACGCAGUCGGCCGUGUCAGUGGAGAACCUCAGCACGCGCCUGCUGGAGCGCAUCGAUGCCACCGACAUCAUCGGCUGCCACUGCAUGCGGCCCAAGGGCGCGCCGGGCCACGCCGCCGACGACGCGCCCCGCCCCACCGCCGAGUUCCGCGGCACGCAGCCUCGCGAGCUCGACGCCUACAUCUGCAUCUAUGCCUACACGUGCAAGAAGCGCUCGGACGGCGCGGCGGCGCACUUUAAGCGGCGCAGCCACAUCUUCCGCGUGGGCAAGAAGGCCACGUACGAGGCGAACCUGCGCCUGGCCGCCUUCUGGCGCACGCUGGUGCUGUGCGUGGCUCGCGGCGUGCGGCUGUCGAAGGCGACGCUGGCGCAGGCAGCGCACGUGGCAGACCUGAUACCGUCCCGGAAGCCCAUGCUGAUCCUCAUCAACCCCAAGUCGGGGCCGGGUCACGCGCUGCAGGUGUUCCGGCAGCGCGUGCUGCCGAUCCUGUCCGAGUCGGACGUGGCGCAUGACGUGGUGGUGACGUCACGGGCCGGCGAGGCGCGCCAGCUGGCGGCCGAACAGGACCUCGGCCAAUGGUCGGCCGUGGUCAUCGUGUCGGGCGACGGCCUCCUGUACGAGGUGUACAACGGCAUCAUGAGCCGGCCCGACUGGGACGCCUGGGUGGACUUCCCCGUGGCGCUGGUGCCGGCCGGCUCCGGCAACGGCAUGGCCGCCUCCGUGGCACACGCCUGCGGACUGCUCCCGGCUUUCCUGCAGAACCCGGUGCUGACGUCAUCACUGGGCCUCGCCAAGCGGCUGGAGCUCGCCAUGGACCUGAUGAUGGUACAAACCGAGACCGAGGAGCUGGUCGGCUUCCUCUCUCUCGGCUGGGGCCUGCUGGCCGACAUCGACAUCGAGAGUGAGCGGCUGCGGGUGCUGGGCGGCGCGCGCUUCUCGCUGUGGGCCGCCGCCCGUGUGCUCACGCUGAGGACGUACAGAGGCCGCAUCCAUUACCUGUCCGGUCAGGAGGAGGUGGUCCGGCCCGGCGACGAGCGGCGCGUGGAGCGGCCGCGGCUCGAGCGCGCCGUCACCAUUGAGGGCAGCUCGUCGGAGGUGGUGGGCCGCAAGCGGCCGGCAUCGGAGAGCGUGACCGGCCAGGGGGACGGCGACGCAGCCGACGACGGCGUCUUCCAGGAGCUCAUGCUCGACCAGGUGCCGACGCCCGACAUGCAGGCGCGCCGCCAUCGGCUCAGCUCGGCACGUGACGAGCGGCCGCCCAUCAAGCUGGGUAUCCCGAGCCUCGACCAGCCGCCGCCCGACACCUGGAGCUGCAUAGAGGGGGAGUUUGUGCUGGUGUACGGCUCACUACCGUCGCACAUCAGCGGUGACAUGCACCUGAACCCGGGCGCCCGGCUAGACGACGGACUGCUUCACCUUCACGUGAUCCGCGCCGGUGCCACGCGCGCUCAGGUCUUCCAGUACUUGCUAGGUUUGGGCGACGGCCGCCUGACGGAGCUGUCGUUCGUCGAGGUGUACCCGGUGCGCGCCGUCCGGCUCGUACCAGAAACGCCCUCCGGCUACAUCACGCUGGACGGGGAGGUGGUGCACUACGGGCCCGUGCAGGCCGAGGUGCACCGAGGCCUGGGCCGCGUCCUCUGUCCGAGGAUGCGCUGAGGAGACGCAACGGCCGGCCGGCCGCCGACCGACACCAGCUCUCCUGGCGGCGAGGGUAGCCUCUGACGAAGACCGCGGGCCGUGGACUGAAGCCUCUAACGAGGACCGCGGACGGAGUCCUGCGGUGGCGGCUGGUGGAAACUCAGCUGUUGGGAGGGCGGUCGCCGCGGACGACAGCCGCGCAUGCAGCCCCGGACGGCGGCGGCAGAUCCGAACGGUCGCCGUCCACGUCGGCGGUGCUCAAGAGCGACUCGCCCCCGGUGGUGAUCGCCGCGAUGACCCCCGCGGUGACCCCCGCGGUCACAGAGGUGCCGCCGGUGGAGGCGCUGCUCCAGGAGGUCCAGCCGCACUUCCGCACGUGCGCGGCCGGCGCCGGGGCCUGCUGGGGCGCCGCGCGCGCCCGCUCUGUUACGUAGGUGCAAUGCAGACUCCGAGCUGCGUCGCCGUGUUUGGCGAGCGGUGGGUGACGUCACAUAGUGGGUGACGCCACCGGAAGCAAGCUAGGCUAAUUGUACUCUGCUCAGCCCGUCAAACGUCAGCGUGAUUCCGUGUUUUGUGGCGGCGUGCGAGCAUUCUGCUGCCGCGGAUCCUCCGCGCGGGGAAAGGGCACCUGACCCGCGCCAACGUGCUGUGAGUCGACGCGCGCGGCUAGUUCUGUCCAGUGCCUUACACGUGCGUGCGUGUGUUUGUGUGUGUGUGGCGCCGCCGCUUUGCGGGACCUGGUUGUGCGCCUGCUCACUGAGGCCGCGCGCCAAAGCUCAUGCGUGCCAAACGGCACCGGCCGCAGCGGCCGCGCCGCCGGGCCACGGGUCGCCUGUUACGGCCGCGGCACCCCGGCCGCCGGUCCUGGGGUUCGGUGCGUGGCGGAUCAGAUCAAAGACGCUUGCGGCGCGGCGACGACGGCGUCGCCGCGUGUCAGCCGUCGCCGCAGGGGGGCCGUUCGAUCUGCCAGCUGGCUGGCCGGCGGCCGAUGCGUCACACGCCUCCGACGGCCGCCCGGCGCAGCGAGCGGCCACUCCGCUGGCGACCGCGGUCAUGGCGGACUGUGGACAGAGACCACCUGGGGCUGGUACCGGCCGAACUGGCGGCCGGUGCCCGCGGUGCGCUCAUGCGGCCACAACGCGAGCUUACUCCUGUUUUGGGCUCAUAUUCCAGCUGUUACACCUACCCGUUCCGUGCGUACAUUCCGUGCCUGGUGGUGGGCUAUGGUGCUGCAUUUCGAUCUACUUUGCAAUAGCGAAGCGUGACGUCAUUGGUGCGAGCCGCGCUGGCACCGUUGUUUAUUACUGGUCUCGACCUGUUGUAUAGAUUCUGCUCCGUUGCAAUCGAUGAAUUUGUAUAGAUUGCCCGGUUGCAAUCGAUGGAUUUGUCAUUGGCUGCUACUGGGUGAUAUUUUGCCUUCGCUAAUAUCAAGUGCAUGGAUAGCUCAGCGAGAAUUGAUCGUUGUUGUGAUGGAAAGGUCGUGGAUUCAAUACUGCUGCCCGCGAUGUGUCAGUGAACCCACGUUGAGUGGCAUGAGGGACAACGCCAUUAGGUGUGUACGGCGUGUGUACACGACCUUAAGUGAUCAGGUUUUCUUCAAGGGAUUGAAAGAUUUUAUGGAGUCGCCAACUCUGCACGCGUUCCUGCGCAAUGUAAUGCGUUUGCUGCGGCUCCCGCGCAGCGUUGGGAAAGUUUUUUUUCGAUACAGUGUUGGUUUGAGUUCUUACGCAAUAGGCACUGUUUGCAGCUGAACUUGCCGUCAAUGGCAGCUCAGCGCGUGACUGUUGCGGAUGUCGGAUUUCUCUUCGUUGUAAUUACGGCACGGACGGUGACGCCCGGCGGCGCUGUAUGGCUCUCUGCAUGACGCCCGUUCUUCAGGGCGUAGGGACCACGAUAUUGACCUGCUGUUGCGCCAAAUAGCUGCUGUUAGUCCUGCGUACCCGCGGUUACUUGUAGCCGGCAGUUGCAGGGACCUGUGAUGGCGCCGACCGCGUGCCGCGCUUGCACCUUUGAUUCCUGCCCCCAACCCCCGAGCUGGAGCGACUUGACGGCAUACGCGGGCAGCAGGCAUUAACAUAUCACGAAUGUGCGAGAGCGGCGCGGGGCCGGAGAGGUGGUGGCUUCCGCGAUGUAUGCGGGCGUCGGGUUUGAAUACACGGCAGGUUAGAGUGGCACAUGUGUUUGAGGGGCGAUGGAUGCUGCGUUACUGGUGGCUGCCCGCGACCACGGAAGCACAUUGUUCACUUCAUGACAUUCAUUCUUCUGUCAUAUCUCUGAAUCAUAUCCUGUGAAUGGCACCAAGACUGAUGCAUUA